AUCCCAUCAACAACUGAAUGUGACAUAUUCUUUAAUCCGGAAUAUUAACGUUAAUAAUAUUGGGCCAUCCUUAUUAAUUCACUCAAAUGAGCUUCCUACCUGACUUUCAUGUUACCAUGGUAACUUCGAUCAUGACAGGAAUAAACUGUAACUGGAGAGUAUUUCCGCUAUAUAAGGAAAAUCAGAGGUGAAUGUGAAACGACAUGAAAUAAAAUUUAUAUCUGAAAGUUCUUUGUAGGGAUAAUGAUGUAAAUAUGUGAAAAACAAAUCAUGCUGGAUAUUACAAUAUGCGAGAUAGUCAAUAACAACAAGCAUUUCUCGCGAUAAAUGGUGUAACACGACCAAAACUCCUGCAGACGAUGGGGGAAAGUAGCAAAAGUGGAUGAAACGUUUACAGACAUGCAUUGACCCUGCCGCCAUUAUGAUCGAGACAGACGACUUCCAUAACAUUCUUACAGGUCAGCUUGGAAAUAUCCCGUCACUUCCAGCCAACGUCGUAAAGAUAUUUAUUUGUGCAAACCCCACAGAAUUUGAUGUUGAGCGGAAGUACCUCUGGCAUGAAGUUUUACCUGAUCUCCAGCAACACUGCUUGCAAUAUGGGCUCGAUGUGCUAUUUAUAGACAUGCUGCACGGAAAUUGUGACGUCACAUGCAGCAGCGAAAAUCUCCAAGAACGUAUAAGUGAAAUUGAGGACUGUCACGCGGAAUCUGUUGGGCCAUUUUUCUUGGGUUUACUUGGAGAUCAAUAUGGUGACGUUCCACUUCCGGCAGCCUUUAAUGAACAGGAGUUUUUGUUUAUUCUCGAUGGUAGCGGAAAAUCGCAUGGGAAAAGAAAAGAGUUGCUUCAGAGUUGGUAUAGACUGGAUGAAAACGCAAUACCUCCGACAUAUGUUCUUAAAGAGGAAUUCCACAAUGAUAAGGCCAACCACGACGAAUGGCUUACAAUCUACAAGAACCUCUUGGAGGCCAUCCAGACUUCAGCAGUGGCAAGUGACAGUCAUGCUAGCUUAAACCAAUGGGUAGAGAAGUAUUUUAUUUCAGGAUUGGAGAGACAAAUUAAGCAGGCGUUGUGGCUUUCCGCCGAGGACACGGUGUUUUUCUUCCGAACAUUUCAAAAGGAAGAUCAACCAAAUGGCUUUGAUCGGUCCAGUGCAAACUCGUCAAGUUCUUCGAGAAAGGAAUCUCGAAACCACCCAGCUGCUCAUCACUCCAUCUCGAAACUUAAACAAGAUGUGCUUUGCAAGGUACCAAAGUCUCAUGCCCUGCAGCUAAAUAUUUCAAGUCAGUUAGAAGACUUUCAAGAAAGUAAAAAAAUACAUGACGAUUACAUCGAAAACUUUAUUACAACUGUCACCAGAAAACUAGUCGGACUGACUGACAACAAAAAUGCGAAUAAUUCUCUAAGAUUGCUUGAAAAAGGUAGACAAAAGCACGCGUAUGAUUACAACGAAAAGUUGGUUCAUUUGCACAGGUGUAUUGAUCUUUUCAAUGAUAGUCCCUUUACAGGCUUUGAAAAAUACAUUUCAAAACUUCAGGCCCUUUUGAUAAAUGGAGGCCGCUCAGAUCAUCAACUUAGUAUUAUCAAAGGCCCAGAGGGGUCAGGCAAGAGUACAAUUAUAGCAAAAAUGUGUUAUAGGGCCCGGGAACUAUUUGGUAAGGAUGCUGUUAUAAUUCCUGUUUUUGUGGGUCUGACGGCAAAGGCACUUCCAGCAGAGGAUAUAUUCAGGGACCUGUGUUGGCAAAUCAAUUUAAUUUUGAAACAAGAAAUUAACAUUGAUACGUAUUCGUUACGGAAGCUGACGAACUAUUUUCACGGCUUGAUGAAUAGAGUGUCCAAAAGUACACGGCAUUUGUUGAUUUUUAUCGAUGGAAUCGACAAAAUGCAGUUGCUUCAGGAGCAGCAGACGACAACAUUUGAUGCAAUUGAUUGGCUUGCAACAAGAUUGCCGCCAAAAUUCCACAUAACGGUAUCGUGUUCGUCUACAGAGCAUUCCGCCAUUGUUAAACGAAUUGAAAACAAAUUGCUCAAUAAUGAUGUCAUUGUUUACAUCAACAACAUGUCAGAAGACGAAAGCGGAAUGGUGCUUAACCAAAUAUUGUUCAAAACUAAGCGAAAAUUAACAGAACACCAAAGAAAGGCUGUGAUAAACUCAUUUUCAAAAGACAGAAAUCCUUUUGUCAUAACGGAGGUUUCCAAGAUGGCCACCAGGUGGCAUUCCUGGAGUGAACCUAACAUAAUCGGAAGUCUACCAGAUGUGAUACCAGUGUCAAUGGAAAGCAUUAUUGAAAAUAAGUUAAUUUCGCUUGAAAAGUCAUACGGAAAAGUCAUAGUCAGCGCUUUAUGUAUGUAUAUAACGCUGGCAAGGUACGGCUUGACAGAAGUUGAACUGAUGGACGUUAUGUCAGCCAACGACCAAGUCCUUAUAGAGUCUCACCCACAGGGACAACCUAUGGUGCUAAGGUUUCCUUAUCAUAUAUGGGCUAGAAUUAGACACGAAAUUGGAUCAUUGUUAUGCAAGAGGUGUAUUGGAAACAGAACGCUGUUUACCUGGAUAAACAAACAAUGUGUCGCUGCUGUUCGCCAGAGAUACUUAAGCUCGCCGGAACACACUGUGCAUGUGCACAGGCACUUAGCAAAUAUAUUCAUGGAGCAGUGGAACACGAGAAAUCCAUUCGUUGACUACGAUGACCUCACCAAAGUUACAGAAGACGUUGAUCGACUGCUAAGUCCUCAACCAUUGGUCUACAAUGACGUCAUGUACAACCUCAGAAAACUGCACGAGCUUUGGUUCCAUCUCUUAAAAUCUGGAGACACAGAACGAUUCAAAGAGAACACAUUUUGCAACUUUGAGUAUCUAUUGGCAAUGGCUGAUGCAGACAAUAUUCAGAAGGUUAUGUAUAACCUUGACCUUGUGAAGUCUUUCUUUGUUGACGAAGAUAUGCAUUUGCUAGAUUUGACCUUAAUGACAGGCGGUGUAGCACUUCAUACAUCACCUCUGCAGUUAGCUAAUGAGCUGAUUGGGAGGAUGAGGCAAAUUAAAGUUUAUUUUCCACGUUACAUUGAGCCAUUGGUUACACAGUGUAUGGAAUGGUGUGAUAAUUAUACUCUUCCCCUCCUGGUGCCCUUGACAACAUGGCUGGAUAAAGUGCACAAGCCAUUGGUUACUUCAAUGUCACAUGACCAACCAAUUACUUGCACUUCCUUGAUGCCAAACGGACAACACAUUAUCAUUGCUGCUGAGUACUCAAUUUCAAUGUUCCACAUAGCAACACGACGAAAAGUUAAGUCAUUCAAAGGGCAUACUGGAGAGAUCACAUGUAUGUAUCUCGACGCAAACAACAGGAUGCUAACCUCUGGUGCGAAGGACAAAACAGUCCGAACUUGGAACCUCGAUACUGAAUCCUGCCUUGAUAUAUACAGGGACUUCAAAAGCGCUGUCACGUGUUUACUAUGCCUGGAAGAGGAAGACUUGAUUUGUGGUACUGAAGAUGGAUCUGUUGUCGUAAAAAGACUUUCUAAUGGAGAUGUCGUAAAAACCUUAUCAAUGCAUCGAAAACGUGUAACAGCCGUCCGUCUGUGUAAAUCAAAUACAAUAUUAAUAACAAGCUCACUGGACAGUAAGAUUAUAGUGUGGUACACGAAGGACUGGAACCACAUGAAUAUCAUAGAUGUUGACGUACUCAGCCCUAUACACUGCAUAGACAUUUCUAUUGAUGGAACGUUUCUUGUUGCAGGUUGUGAUAAUUCCUCGAUACACGUGAUUGCCAUGGCAACAGGAACAGUAGCUCAAACAAUCCAGGUUCACAGUGGCAUGAUAAACAGUGUGUCGAUUUGUUCAGACAGUCAUCACUGCGUGGUAGCAACAUCUAGCGGGGAUGUGUACCUUUACAACUUCCGCGCCAAUGAAGUUCUCAACGUAUUCAAGGGACAUAAACAUGGUGUGACUUCUACAAUGCUGUCAGAGAACGGACAACUUGUAGUGACGGCAUCAAAGCACGAAAUUAUCGUAUGGAGUUUGUUGAAGCGUUAUACAGUGGAGACCUAUCAUGAUAUUCACAGUGGACCUGUUACCUGUAUUGCCAUGACGCCAGACAGCAAGAAACUAAUAUCAGGUAGUCAGGAUGGGCUUUUGAAAACAUGGAACCUUGACAUAAGUGACUUUUCCGAAAAUUUCGCCGGUCACACCGCUGCAGUGACGUGCCUUGAUCUCGCCAGUGAUAACUCUUUUGCUGUAUCCGGAUCAAGUGACAAGACAUUGAAAGUGUGGAGCAUUACCAUGGCAACCGUCAUUACAAAUUACAAAGGACAUGACAAGGUAGUGAGCGGCGUUUACGUUUUAUCGGAUAAUCGACUCGUCCUAUCGUUCGAUGUGUCUCAAAAAAUUCACAUGUGGAGAGCAGAGGACGGUCAGACAAUGAGACUGUAUGCAGGUCCAACCCUGCUACAUCUUGUUGCUCCAAACAGCCAGCGUUGUAUAUCUGGAGGUGGAGAUAACAGGUUACAGAUAUGGAACUUGUCGGAUGGUUCAGUAUUAAAGGAAAUAAGUCACACUGAUAAAGUCACAUGUCUGAAAUGUACAAAGGAUAGUCAGUAUUUGGUGACAGGGUCGCAGGAUCGUUCUGUGAAAGUCUGGGAACUAGACACCGGAAAAAUUGUUCAGAUUGUCGUUGACCAUAGUUCUUCAGUUCGUUGCUUGGCAAUCACGUGCGAUAACGAGACGAUACUUGCGGCGGGAGAUGACGGGAUUAUCCACGUGUGUAGUCUCACAUUAGGCAGUAUAGAGAAAAAACUCGUCGGACAUUUCCACAAGGUCACGUGUCUUAACUUGACAGCAGACGAUUCUGUUUUGAUUUCAGGUUCCCUCGAUAAUACAAUUCGUGUCUGGAACUACAGGCGUGGAACACAGCUCACCAUGUUUGACACCCACUACCCGGUACUUGGUCUUGUGAUGACAGACACCGCGGACCGCAUAGGUGUCAUGCUCGCAAACAACAAUUAUGUCCCAAUAAUAUGCCUGCACAAUUCCCCAGCCAGGCCAAAACCACCGAAACCAGUUGAUAAUGCAUUGUCAGUCAUAUCGAUACAGGGAAGCCUUGUGUACGGACUAAAUCCGUCUACGAUCGAUAGCCAACAGGACUUAUCAGACUUUAGCAGUGAAGAAGGACACCAUCUACCCAUCAAGCCAAAACCAUCUCAAAGAUCUCGUGUUCCAGUGACAUAUACAGUGCCGGCACGACGGCGCCGGGAGUCAUCAGUAUCCAGUAUACCACAGAUAAUCCAGCAUUCUCCAAUACGGGCACCCAUCCAGACGACAGUAAAAGCCCAAGAGAAACGCCGACUGAAAUUCCCGCUCCCGAGAAAGGUUGACAAACCCAAAACGGCCGAAAACACGGACACAAAACAAUCUCAUAUAUGCAGAAUAUUGUGACAUCUUAAGUAAAACUUAUAGAUACAAUAUGAUAAAAUGUCAUUUCUACACAUGUAUUAUAAGUUUGUUCAUAGAUUUGAUAUUUUUUCUGGUCUUCAUGGAUAUGUAAACCAAUGCCGAAUAACGAAGUCAUUAAAUAAAGCAGUCCAAAGGGCUUUAUGUUAACCUUUAGCCAGCUAAAUUUCUAAAAUGGACUUGUCCUUCUGGUCUGUACCAUUUAUUAUUUGAAGAGAUGUUCCAUGAACAUUUAUUGAUUGAAUAGUGAACAUUGCAGACCAUGAUCAGACUGCACGGACGUGCAGGCUGAUCUUGGUCUGCACUGGUCACAAAGGCAGAAUCACUUGCCGCCAGCAGGCUAAAUGUUAAAUGCGUUUCGGGGUUUUUUAUGUUCGUUUUUCGACCAAAACCUAAUUGACAAUAACUGUUUUAUUAUUAAAUUCACCAGAAAAGUUAUCAGAUCCAAACUGGUAACUGGUAACUGGUCAUUUUUGCCAGUACUUUGUUAUGACAUCAAAUGUUGUUACCGUCACUGCUGGAAGUUAGUUGUAACUGUGCUUAAACUUAGAAAAUGACUGUAAAUAUAGAUUUAAUAAUAAACGAAAAGUGUUAAAAUCAAGAUACAUAUAACACUCUUCAUUUUCUUCGAACAGCUGUUAGGUUCACCGAAUCAGUAACAUGGUUUUAAUACAUGUAGAUUUAAACAUGCUUGUUAACAUUACAUUUAAAUUUCAACAUAUUUCUUAACAUUACAUUUAGAUUUCAACAUGUUUCUUAACAUUAAAGUUAGAUUUAUUGGGUUGUAGAUAUUGUUUUGUAAAAUAAAACCUUUUUAUUUUCUAAUAUUUCGUAAUUUGAUAUCAGUAUGAGCACAAUACGUAUCCCACCAAUUGUUAAUUUGAAUCUCAUAAAUUACAGGGUUCCCUCUCUACAUCGGCCCUCUGAACAACAAUUCCCUCCUUGCAACAACACUUGAUACUGGCUCCAAGAUAUGCUUA